UGCCCUCUCACCCUUCCUUCCUUUCCUCCUCCCACUCUCCCUCCUGCCCUCUUCCCUCUAGCCCUACUUCCCUUCCUCCUCCCUGGUUGUCCUGAGGGGAACAGUUUCCUCCUGCACUGGUUAGGAUGCCUCACUACAGACCCAAGGGGCCAGCAGACCACUAACUGACAUCUCCGAAGCCAGGGGCCUACACAAGCCUUUCUGUUCUAUAAGACAGGCCCCCUCUGACGCUCUGUUCCUGUGACCGCCCUCACCUGCUCUCCCAGGGAACGGUGCCCUGUCCUACCUGCUUUACCCACAGAGGACAGCUGGUCCAGCUCUGAGCCUGCUUCACACCAUAUGGAAUAAUUUCCCCAGCUCACUGCAGAGAGGAAAGAAUACAGAUGGUAUUAGUUUUUAGUGGGAGGUGUGAUGAAACGGAGGGAAAUUCUCGCAAGAGCCUCCCACUGGGCCAGAGAGAUGGCUCAGAGGGUGAAGGCUACCCAGGCCUGAGAGCAUAUGAGUUCAAACCCUGGGACCUACGUGGUGAAAGCGGAUGGCAGAUCACCCAAGACCGGCAACUGACCGAAGGGCAGCAAGUGGGAGACAAUUUGACUCAUAAGGCCAUGGCUUUGGUGCCAACUGAAAUGCCGAAUGGUCAGGCAGCAAAGGACUAUGAGGCUGAUGCUGAGCUGCAAAGGGAUGAGGAUGGUGGUCCUCUGGAUGGCGAUUUGACUGACGAGGAAAAAGUGAAAGUUGACGACGAUGCUCUGACAAAUGAAGAACGUACAUUUUUAGAACAGUUCCACAGCUGGAAAGAGAAUGAAAAGAAGUGCAUUAGAACACUCUAUGCCAUCGCAAACUACAUUGACAAAAGCCACCAAAAAGCCACCAAGACCAAAGUGGCAGCUACUUCUGCGUCAGUCGUCUCUGGAGCCAUGUGUCUCCUGGGUUUGAUGCUUGCUCCGACAACUUUGGGGGGAAGCCUGAUGCUCACUGCUGCCGGGCAAGGUUUGGGGGCAGUUGCUGGGGUCACCAAUAUCGUGACCAACGUGAGGGAAAACUCUCGAAAUAAAAAAGCCCUGGCCCAGGCCAACAGCAUCAUACCUACUAAUGACCAGGAGUUCAAGGAGGUCAAGGGAGAGAAGACGCCCUAUGUCACAGCCACCGGUGAGGUUGUCUACAAAUGUGGGAGAGCCUGGGAAAUCAUCAAAAAGCACAUCCGAGCCCUCCGGCUAACCAAAACACAACCGCAUGUCACCUCAGCCGCCAAGAAGCUCAUGACCUCUGGCCAAGUAUCAGCCCGAAGCGGCAGGCAGGUACGAAAGGCCUUUGGGGGCACAGCCCUGGCUAUGACCAAAAAUACUCUCAUGAUGGAACGUUUAGCUUCCCUCUACUUCCUUGGCCGGGACAUAUGUGCUCUCUCAGAGGACUGGAAGGACUUGAAGGCUGGAAGGCCAACAGAUCUUGCAAAAUUGUUGAGAACGCGAGCUCAGGAGCAGGAGCAGGUGGUAGAAGAAAAAAACCGUUGCUACGAGAAGCUGAAGAAGAGACUGGAGAAGAGGUCUGCGAAGUCUUCUUUGAAAGGAGUCACGGGGACUCAGCGUUGUCCUCUAUCCUCAUUGGAGAAAGCAAGAUCCAGAAGACAGCGGCGAAGAGCUGAGACUGAGGCCGUGGGUCUUUGAGAUCAAAGAAAGGGGACCAGGGUGUGGGUAGAAGGAGGCUCAUACACAGAGAGGUACCAGGGAGGUCCCUAAGGUCUCUGAAGGGAGAGCCCUGUCAACCCCACUCUUGACCCGCCCUUUCUUUUUCACCUUGAUUCAACCACCGAAUUAAACUACCCCCCCAACACACACACCCCUGUGGUCCCCAUCGAUCGUUUGCACGGCACCUGCUAAACUUAAGACAGCUCUUGCCUCCUGCCGGCUUUCAUAGUAAUUAGCAAUGAUAAGGCGUGAGGGUCCCUCCCCCAACCCCACCUCUCUCUGUGCUCUCUUUCUCCCCUACUCAGUGGGAACUGCUGGCUCAGAGCCAGGUUUGCACACAAAGGCUGUCAGCGGAACCUGCUGGGCCAGAUUCCGGGGGAAGGAGAGGGGGCAGCCU